AUGCACCUGUUCUUGCCGACUUUGGCAUUAGCCAAGACCUUUUUUCUGCGAUUUUUGGAGAAUCUAGACAAGGCAAAUGAGGCCUCGAAGUGGAUCGAAGUAGUGUUUGUCGCUGCAGGGAUUGUAAGCAACAUCCCAACUCCAGCGGCUAUAGCAGUCGGAAUCGUGGUGCAGGUUAUUGCAGACACAACUCGCGAACUACAAAUGCGACUCCGGGAGAACAAGGACACUUUCCUCGACCAGACCGUUGUAGAGUACAGCAAUUCCGUUAUAACCAAGCCAAAGUUUAAACAAGGUCUUGAUUCUGUCAGACUGGUCAGUGGCAAGACGCACCAAGAGCAGGAGUUGUCUGAUGCGGCGGCGUUGGUGUAUCCAGAUUUAGACCGGGUGGCAGCACAGGCAGUCAGAAGUGAGGGAGAUAUGGGAACGACAUCCGGUAUAAAUGGACUUCAUGAGAAGUUCCAGGCUGCUGGGGAAUUGGAGACCGAGCAUCCUGGCUCUUCUCUCGCGCUAUCUGCAUCUGCUGAGAAUCGUGCCCCGUUGAAGUCACUCCUGGACGAUCCCUAUCACCCAGCAAACAGCGGCAGCAUGUGGGAAUGCCGAGGUCGCUCUUCUGGACAUGCACAGAAGGCAGAGACUGGCGUGCGUAUGAUCAAGAAGCUUAUGCAGAAAGACGUGCUGUGUCUUAUGGUGGUCAAUCUCCCUAGCCAGGAAGAGACACGGGAGUCUGUAGCUCAACUUGAGCAUAUGAUGGAGCAAGCUAGGGAUGGCUCUUACUGA